AAACGAGGAGAGGCGACCGGUUUCUCGGGCUGUGGGCGCGGUGCGGCCAAGUUGCAGCGCGAACUCUCGCAGAGCCUCGGUCCGGAAACCUGGGCCUCUCCGGGGCGACUCCGGCUGCGGGGGCCGGGAGCCGGGAUUGGCCGCCUUGACUGGGGUGCAGCGGGGGAAGGGGCAACGCCCGGCCGGGGGCUGCCGGAGCAAACUUAAUCCAGGAGCCUGCACAGAGCCCUCAAGGUCCUUAGACAGCCUGGCCUGGAAGAGAACACAUGAAAGAAAGAACCCCAGGAGGCUUUGUUUUCUGUGAAGAAGUAUUUCUAUACAUUUGCUCCAAUGACAGAGUUACCCGCACCCUUGUCCUACUUCCAGAAUGCACAGAUGUCUGAAGACAGCCACCUGAGCAAUAGUGUACGUAGCCAGAAUGACAGUCGCGAACGGCAGGAGCACAGUGACAGGCGGAGACUUGGCAACCCUGAGCCAGUAUCUAAUGGUCAACCUCAGAGUAACUCACAGCAGGUGCUGGAACAAGAUGAGGAAGAAGAUGAGGAGUUGACAUUGAAAUAUGGAGCCAAACAUGUCAUCAUGCUCUUUGUCCCCGUGACUCUCUGCAUGGUGGUGGUUGUGGCUACUAUCAAGUCAGUCAGCUUUUAUACCAGGAAAGAUGGACAGCUAAUCUAUACCCCAUUCACAGAAGACACUGAGACGGUGGGCCAGAGAGCCCUGCACUCGAUUCUGAAUGCUGCCAUCAUGAUCAGUGUCAUCGUUGUCAUGACUAUCCUCCUGGUGGUUCUUUAUAAAUACAGGUGCUAUAAGGUCAUCCAUGCCUGGCUGAUUGUUUCAUCUCUGUUGUUGCUGUUCUUUUUUUCGUUCAUUUACCUGGGGGAAGUGUUUAAGACCUACAAUGUGGCAGUGGACUAUAUCACAGUUGCGCUCCUGAUCUGGAAUUUUGGUGUGGUGGGAAUGAUUUCCAUUCAUUGGAAAGGUCCACUGCGACUACAGCAGGCCUAUCUCAUCAUGAUCAGUGCCCUCAUGGCCCUGGUGUUCAUCAAGUACCUACCUGAGUGGACUGCAUGGCUUAUCUUGGCUGUGAUCUCAGUAUAUGAUUUGGUGGCUGUUUUGUGCCCAAAAGGUCCACUUCGUAUGCUGGUUGAAACAGCUCAGGAGAGAAAUGAAACACUCUUUCCAGCUCUCAUUUACUCCUCUACAAUGGUGUGGUUGGUGAAUAUGGCCGAAGGAGACCCAGAAGCCCAAAGGAGGGUGCCCAAAAACUCCAAAUACAACACACAAAGCACCGAAAGGGAGGCACAGGAGACGAGUUCAGAGAACGAUGAUGGUGGCUUCAGUGAGGAGUGGGAAGCCCAAAGGGAUAGUCAUCUAGGGCCUCAUCGCUCUACCUCCGAGACACGGGCCGCCGUCCAGGAGCUUUCCAGCAGCAUCCUCACCAGUGAAGAUCCAGAGGAGAGGGGAGUAAAACUUGGGUUGGGAGAUUUCAUUUUCUACAGUGUUCUGGUUGGCAAGGCCUCAGCAACUGCCAGCGGAGACUGGAACACCACCAUUGCCUGUUUUGUAGCCAUAUUAAUUGGUCUGUGCCUUACAUUACUACUCCUGGCUAUUUUCAAGAAAGCAUUGCCAGCUCUCCCCAUCUCGAUCACCUUCGGGCUUGUUUUCUACUUUGCCACAGAUUACCUUGUACAGCCCUUUAUGGACCAGUUGGCAUUCCAUCAAUUUUAUAUCUAGUGUAUUUGCGAUCAGAAUCCCAUGGAUAUUUCUGCUUUGACUAUAAUAAAAUCUGGGGAAGACAAAAGUGAUUUUCUGGUAUCCCCAUCUAACAAAGUCAAGAUUCCCAGCUGGACUUGUGCAUCUUCCUUCCAAGUUUUCCCAACCACCUGCACAAUUGGACAUUGGAAGGAAGUGUCACCGGACAACGGUUUUCAACAUACUUGAUGGCGGUGGACUCUGUCCCUUGGUGCACAACUACCAGAUUUGAGGGACAGAGUUGACAGGGAAGCACGAUGGGCCAGGAAGCUACUGACCUCCUCAGCAGUGCAACCCUGUCACCAGGGCUUCUACCAGCCACGCUCUCUCAGGACUCCCACUAGCAAGAGGUUAAACGAGCAGUUCAAAGCCAACAGGACUCCUCACCUUGAACGUCACCUCGGAAAUCCAGCUAGGAAAUGCAUGUGCAUUGGAUUCUGAAGCUCUUUUAGAGGUGUGUGAAGAGUAAGCACCGGUGGCAAGGUGGCCCGAGCUUCCACUUCCAGACUUCAGUGCUGCACACUUGACAUUUUUCCAUAAGACUUCCCCACCCUCCUUCCCCACUCUGAGUCCCAUCCAAUGUGUAGGUUGAUUCUCCAGUGCUAAAACUCAGAACCAUCUGUGGUAGCUGUUUGAACUUAUUUGGGGCAGCUGUAUCCUGAAAGUCUUCGCCUGAGGUUCCAAAUACAGUAAUUUUGGAAAUACUGGAACUAUCACUCAAUGACUCCCUAUCAUUCUUAAGUAAAUAUUGGAUUUUCCACCAAAUUCCUAAUUUAAAGACAUUUGUAAGUUCACUUGCCCCAGAUGCCUUCUCUGCUCCCGUCUUUCCCAUCAGCCCCACAGCAGUUGUCUUCGGCAUGUUGAGAUGGCAGGUGUCACGUGGCAAGUGGUCCCCAUAGUCCAGGGUUGCCCUCUCCUGUGACAGCAAAUGGCCUCACUAUCAUAACUUUCCACAAAUAAGAUGUGUGGCCAAAGACAAUUAAAGAAGAGUAAAGUGGCUGCUGAAGU